AUGACUCAUGCCAUUAUCCUGCCUCCAGAAAUUACUGAACCGCCACAACCAAAGCCUUUGCUUACUCUUGGAAAAAACCACGCUCUGACCUGUAAUGCGUCCGGUGAGCCUCUACCAAAUAUAACUUGGGCGAAAGAUGGUAUUCCCGUGGACAAGUUUAAUGUGAUAGGAUAUCACUUUCAUUUGAUGAACGUGAAGAGGGAGGAUGUAGGAUCAUACCGAUGUACAGCUAGUAAUGGAUAUGGAGAUGAUGCCACAAGUGUCAGCAUAGUUGGCAUAAGAUGUAAUGAUUGUAAAAUUAGGAUUGUUAAAUUAACAUUACAGAGUGAAACCUGGAAGUCAGCCUUAAAUAACAAAGAGUCAGUUGAGUUCAAAAUAUUGCAGGCUAAAUUGUCAUCAAAUAUUUCUUCAGUUUACGCCCAAAAUCCUGGAAAACAGCUGUACAUAGUGAGUCUUGUUGAAUUUAGAGCUGGCAGUGUUGUUGCCAUAGUAGAGCUGAAGUUUGGAAAAUCUGUUAAUGACCCUUUGAAACCACUGAAAGAUAAAAUAAAAGAUGGAAAGCUUGGGUCAUUUAUAGUUGGGCCUGAAAUUGAACUCCCUUCAACCACCG